AUGGCGCCACGGGAAUCGACGUUGACCGACUGCACAGUAUAUGUACAAAAGCCGUGUAGCGAUGAGGGAAGCAACAGGACCAGACCAGCAAAACUAGUUUCUGUCUCAUCAAUGAUUGGAUCUGUUCAGCCGCUUGGAACAACCUCUGCAUCGAGAUGGAGGCAAGAAGCUCAUGAUCUCUUUGGGCUCAAGAGACUAGCGAAAAAUUACUUCAAAAGUGGUGAUAUCCACACAAAAGAGGACGGUUCUGUCAAUGGAUCGCACCAGUACCGCGUGAAAAUUUCGGGAUCAACGGGAACGCAUCCUUUGAGUGGGACAAUGAUCAGAGUUGGCAAUCGUUUGCCGCAGAAGCGACAGAAUUACUCUACUUCGAUGGAGUCGUUUGCGGAUCAGACAUCGAGCAACGGUGCAAGUGUGAAAAAAAAGCAGUAUUCUAUGACGGAGCGUGCUAACUUGAAUUCGCGUGAAGCUGGUGCUGUUUUGGCACCUGCUUACACAGUUGCGCGGAAAAGUGUUUCUAAUGACAGCGAUUUUGAGUUUGGACCUGCCAUGGGUAACGUUGAGAUAGCAGAAACUGGGAGGGUUCUGCAGCUCAGCAAUUUGCCGAGGAAUUGUGGUCUGCUCAGCUUGCUGUCUCAAAUCACUGGUGGUCCACUCGAAAGAAUUGAUGUUUUGAAUGAUCCACAAGACCAAUCUGUCAUCAAAGCAAUACGACUCAAUUUUAUCUCAGAUGAGGAUGCGCAAAGAUUCAUGCAUUUCGGUCAGUCUGAGAACUUGCACAUCAACGGAUACAGUUUGGCACCGGAAUGGGUCUUGCCCUCGAUGAAUUAUCACUUGAAUGGUAAUUUUGGCACCCGAAACGAUGAAGUGCACGGAACCGGAGCGAGCACCAACACGACCGAGACCACACCGCGCCGAUGUAUAAUUGUUAAAAAGACAGGCCACAAAGAACAUUUACGCUCCCGCCAGUUGUCUUCUAAAAAGUUAUGUCAAUUUGAUAUCGGCGAGCUCAAACGGGAUUUUGCCGAGUUUGGAAAAAUAGCUGAGGUGACGCCGAUGAUUUCACGUAAACUUUGCGUUUCCAUCAGCUAUUUUGAUAUUCGGUCUGCAAUGAAUGUCAUUGCCAGCUAUGAGAAUCCCAGCACGUACAUGAACAGGAAGUACUACCGGGAAUGGUCAAUCAAUUAUGGGCGCGACAUCACAGAACGGCCUUGCUACAUGAAGAUCUGA